AUGAAUACCAACUCAGAAUCUUCAGCUACAUCGGACGACUCUCCCGUCUAUAACCAGUCAAACAUUACUAACGGCGAGCCCAAGCGCACUCAAUCAGUGUACUCGCGUGCUGCUUCCACACGCUCGCUCAAUGUGAUUGGAGAUGAUGACAGCGACAAGGAAGAUGGGAAAAGCAUGUUGAGUGCUAUCAUAAACAAACCAGACUUAGUUCGUCGUUUGUCUACUACCCAGGUCAGCGAAAUGGCUGUGUCUCCAGUAGGUGAAGAUGACAGUGCUCAAUACCACACCUCGCAUACUACCAACCACAGUUCUAAUUUACGCCCUCGUGACGAUACAACUGAAGAAGGAGAUGAUGAUGAUGAAAAUAGUGCCACAGAUGACCACGGUGAAGGUGACAAUUGUGAAGAAAAUACCCAAGAAAAUAGCUCCAAAAUUGACUCGGGAAUUUCUUCUUCUAACUACAGCAGCAACCAGUUUAUCUCUGCUUCAAUGACUGAUUCUGCCAUUGGAAGUGCAAUUAAAAGACAAAGGCCACAGCAAGCAGUUAUCACAAGUGCUCGUAGUGCUAGGAGUCUUCGCAGUUCUCGUAGCGUUCGCAGUGUGGCAAGCCACAAGAGCAAUGCUAGUCAGACACCUAUUGCUGACUUGUUUUCUGGAGACUACAAUUCCAAUAAGAAGAAUAGCCAAGAUGGUUCCAAUGAAAAGACUUUUUUUAAUGAAAGCGAUGAUGAAUUUUCUGAUGAAAAUACGGAAAGCGCUGGGCUAAAAAAAGGAAUGGGAAAAAUGCAAGUCUCACGAGAGUUUGGCCGCAAUGAAAUGAGUAUGUCUUCCGGAUCAAGUUUGUCUAUACCACGUCGAACUUCAAUGGAUGACAGCGAUAAGCCCUGGUAUAAGCGGCCAAUUGUAUUUAUUCUUAUUUUCCUUGCACUGGUGUUGCUUUCGUCGCUCAGUGCCAAUAUAUUUUUUGGAAUCCGCGAAGCAAGACGCCACCGUGAUGAUUUCGUUCCCUCAAUCACUGAAGACAAUAAUGAUACUGUUUCCAAGCCAAAAAACAAUAUCGCAAAAGGUCCUACUCGAGACAAACUCGGUGGAAGAGUAAUCAUUACACGUGAUGAUCCUGAAGUCAAGCGACUUUUAAAUGACCCCAAAUUACGCAAUAUUUUCUGGGGUAUUGACUACGCUCCACUUAAUGUGCAGUAUCCCAGCUGCGGAUGUCGUCAGCGUGAUGUGACAUUAGAUAUUGCUUUGCUUUCUCAGGUAACAGACCGUAUCCGUCUUUACGGUACUGACUGUCGCCAGGCCGAGUUUGUUCUUAAUGCAUUCAUGGAUCUUGAUCUUAAUAUGACAUUGUCACUAGGUGUUUGGCUUGACCGCAAUGAUGAAGGUAACAAUCGUGCAUUGGAAGAAAUGAAAAGGCUUGUCUUGCGUUAUCCGUCAAAGUAUAUUGAUUCUAUUUUAGUGGGUAAUGAAGUUUUAUUUCGACAAGAUAUGUCAGAGCACCAGCUCAUUGCACACAUCUUAGCGACUCGAAACUACCUCAAAAUGCAUAACGUCGAAAUUCCAGUGGGUACUUCAGAUAUUGGUUCUCGCUGGAACAGUCGUUUGGCAUCUGUUGUAGAUGUUUUGGCUGCCAAUAUCCAUCCAUUUUUUGGAGGGGUUCCUGUUGAAGAAUCUACGUCUUGGACAUAUCAGUUUUUGUACGAGAAGGUUUUAGCCGAUAUUGAUCAGUGGAACAAAGUGCCUGAUCAAAUACUUAUUUCUGAAGUCGGUUGGCCAUCCGGUGGUGGUCGUCUCUGGGGGUCUAUUGCUGGACUAAGUGAGCAACAGCGGUUCCUAGACGACUGGGUGUGCUCUAAAGAAGCUUCUGAGAAGAUUGGCUGGUAUUGGUUUGAAGCAUUUGAUGAGCCAUGGAAGGUGAUUUUCCACGAAGGCGAAAAUAAAUGGGAAACACAGUGGGGUUUGUUUAAUUCAAACAGGAAGCUCAAAGAUGGCUUGACUUUUCCUACGUGUGAUGAUGAUGAGAGCUCCGGUUCAGAUGCCGAUGACGAGGGUUCUAUUAAGAUUCAGAUUAGCCCAGAUGUUUUGGGCUAG